AUGAUCUAUUUCUUUCGGGUUGCUCUGACUUUCUUUCUUUCUUUUCCUUUCUUUCUUUCUUUCUUUCAAGUAACCUGUUUAUUCUCAGUUUCACUUCAAUUCGUUUCGGACGGCGCAUACCAAGUCUCACUUGAUCACGAAACUACAGAUCUAAUUUCACGUCGCAAAAUGUUGGCAGAAUAUCCUUAUGGAAUGAUAAGAGCGACGGCAGUUCUGCACGCUCUCUUCGGUGGUGCUAUCAUUGGUGUCAAUAUACAUGCAAUUCGCAAGGCCACAGAUAUCUUCGACAUUCCACUACUUGGAACGCCAGAUUUGAUCAGUCAAGGCAUUACCUAUCUUUUCAUACCGAUGUUUGUAGCUGGCAUCUAUAUUUGUAUUGUGGGCAUGACCGGGGAAGCUGCAAGUUCUCGGAGUAAAAACCCUAGCACUGUGAAUAAUUUUAAAAUAUUCUACUUGGUUCUCAACAUUCUCUCAGCAUUCUUUUACUCAUUAUUUUGUGGAGUGUCGACUUUUGGAGUGUAUAUGGUGUUUGCCCACAGUGUGGAUGUGUUUGGAAUUGCUACACACCUCAAAGCAACUUUAGGCUUGUUGGCUGCUGAAUUGCUUUUGUCUCUCUUCUGCACCCUACUAUGUUGUUUAAGCAGACACCCUGCUGAGAAUCUACCUACACCAACUGUUGUUCCUAAUCCAAUACCAACUGUUGCUGCCAUUCAAAUGCCGCAACAAGUUUACAAUCCACCAAAUUCGAUGCAUCCUUACCCUAUCAGUUAA